AACCAUGCGAUGAUGUAUUGCCCAGCUUCUUUGCAGCAAUCCUUAAGGGAGUGAACGGCGGGCUGGAUUGAAGCUGGAGAGAGCGCGGCGGUUUCCCAAGGAUUUGCCUGUGCUUUUGCCUCUCCGGGCCUCGGGCUGAAGUGGGAGCGAGUGCAUGCUCACAUUGGAGCACUUUCCCGAAGCGCUUCCUGGAGGAUGAGCUGGAAAACCUAACGGCGAGAACGACUGGGCCACUGCUAACACCGGGAGCCAAAGGGCGCGGGAGAUGGCUGUGCAGGCUGCCAUCAUGAAUCCUCACUUCAUCCAUUUCUGCUUCCCCGGUUCCUCGGUGGAGUACGAGGUGGAGAGUGCUUACAGCGGGGCCCUGCUGGGGGAGAUGGGGAGCUCCGGGGAGCUGAAGGAAACCACCAGCGCCCUCCUAAACUUCAUCGACUCAGCCUCCAGCAACAUCAAGCUGGCUUUAGACAAGCCCGUCAAAUCCAAGCGGAAAGUCAACCACAGAAAGUAUUUGCAGAAACAGAUUAAGAGGUGCACCGGGAUGAUCUCCGGCGGCGGCACUAGUGCAGGAGCCGGCCAAGAGGCAGGCAAUAAGAGACAAGUGUCUCCAGCCUCUUCCUCCUCGUCUAGCGGCGGCAGCAGCAGCACAGGCCAUUUCCAGUGCAAGCCGCCGCCAAAGAAGGAUGGCUCGCAGUCAAGCCUCCAAAGCAAGUCCCUGGCGGCCCUCUUUGACUCGGUCCGGGAUCUCCGGCGAUCGGCGGCCGGUGACCGGGCCCUGGUGGCGGCGGCGGCGGCCGGGAGCAGCAGGAAGAUCCCGCUGAGGAACCGCAACUUGCCGCCGUCUUUCUUCACCGAGCCGGCCAACGUGAAGAUCACCUCGACCUCCGGGAUGUCCCUUAAGGACCUGGAGAGGGGUAACCCCGAGGCUGCCGAGUUCUUCGAACUGCUCGGGCCGGAUUACAGCAACAUGAUCUCUGGGCAGGAGCCCUUCCUGGGCUCGGCUCUGCGGAUCCAGCAGGAAGGCAACUGCGAGCUCGCCUCGUACGAUUCAUACCGCAGCCUGGGCUCCCUGAGCGGCAGCUUCCCCCACUUCCCGGAGCCCUGGCUCCCCUGCAGUGCCGCCAAGAAGAGCCCCACAAGCGGCUGCAACCUCGCCGUUACCGAAGGGGCCCGGACACUGCCCGUACAGACACCGUUAUAUCCCAACAACCAGGCCGCAAACUCUUCACCCAUGGAGGAGUCUCCCGUCAAUUUAGCCAGCUUCCCGCAGUUUUUCCCGGAAUGUUCACUCCCACAGGUCCCGUACGAAUAUAGCCCGGGAUAUAACUGCAGCAGACAAAACUUCCCGACUCUUUAAUAAUUCCCUUUUCGAGUCACUACUUAACCACGCAAAGACUCUUGAACUGGGCUCCGUUGUAUUUGACCAGUAUUACAGGUGAACUGUUCAGGUAGAGAGAUCGGUAAAAGGCCCUUUCUUGUACUUUCCAACAAGAAUCCGCAAUGUGCAUUCACUCGAGCUAUACCUGACUUUAUAAUUAAGGCACAAUUCACUUUCGACGAAGAUGACACUUUCCCACUGUGUUUUACACCGAGGGGACCAGCUGAAAGCGAGUAUCCUGGUUGCUAACAUUUUUUUAGGGCAAACACAAUGGCUGGUUAUGAUUCUGUAUUAGUUUUGACUACGAAAUCGUGUAAAGUAUAAGCAGGCGUGCUGUAAUGGGGUAUGAAGCUUGUGCUGAAGUGCAAAAAGGGCCCUUUCAACUUCCAAUGUUGCAUGAAAGUCGAAAAGAAAAAUCAUCUUUUACUUCAAGUUUGGCGCCGUCUUUCAAACGGUGUUUAGAUGCAAUUGCACUUUGUGAAUUGAAAGAUUUGAGUAAAUCUGUAUUGAUUCGGCGAACAGUUCUGUACGUGACAACGGACGACAAGUCCCGCACUGCCAGUACACAAACAUAACAAUAAGGUAUAUUGUAGUCAAAAAAAUCUGUUUAAAAAACGAUAUAAUUUUGAACGUGUACACCAAAACAUCGGGAAGCUAAACACAACCUGCUGAGUUAGCUUAAUGGAUACUAAGGAAAUGCGACACGGUUAACAUUGAACCAUAAUUGCAUUUGGUUUUGGAAGAAAUAAACGUUUCUAGAUUUUGUUUUGUAUAGUUAUGAAAAGCCGACUGUGUUAAUGUCAAACAUCCGCAUUAACCGUCAGUGUUUUGUUUGGUCUAUGUCUCGGUUUCCAUUUUAUAAAUCUAAAUUCCUGGCACCCUGCUGCCAACAAUAUUAGUUUGCCGAUGUUAUCUUUGUUCAGUCCCCAAAGAGACAAACAACUCUGUCAAGAAUUGUUCACCAGGAUAUUCAUCUUGUCCUAGUACCUGCUGUGAUUUGGUUUUAGUGUCUUUUUUUUUAGAAAUCCCUCAUCUGUGUUAUAUCGCGCGAAAGGUACUAAUUCCAGCUACGUCUCGAGUGAAAGGUCAACAGACAAAAUAAAGCUGGUCUUUAUUUUUGGAA